AAUGGUAGCCAGGCGACUAAAGAUAAAGAAAAUUGUUGACAACAGCAACAAAAACGAUCUCCAAUUGCAAAAGAAAAGGAAAAUCGAUGACAAGAACGUAAAAGAAGCCCCCGCGACUUCCAUUAAUCGUAUUCCACCAGUUAAGAAUUUGAAGAAAACUGAUACUGGUGCUGUAAUAUUUGGCUGCAAGCAUAGUACUUACAAUGAAUGCCUUUCCAAACGGUUGUUUGGUUUGCCAGAGAGUCACUAUUCAUAUAUAAAGAACAUCAGCAAAGGGCUUGUUCUAUUUCUGUUUAAUUAUAGUGAUAGAAAGCUACAUGGGAUAUUUGAGGCUGUAGGUCCUGGUCUAAUGAACAUUGACAAGUCUGCCUGGGUUGAAGAUGGAAAUGUUGGAUGCACCGAUUUUCCGGCCCAGGUUCGGGUCCGUGUUAGACUGCAAUGCCAGCCAUUGUCUGAAAAACAAUUUGGGCCAAUUAUUGCUAAGAACUAUUAUAAAGGCAACCGCUUUAGCUUUGAGCUGGAUCAUAAUCAGACAACCAAGUUGAUCACUUUAUUUAAGUCAUCGUCAAUGAAUGCUAGUGUUCCUCAACCUUUAAAGGAAAAUGUGGAUCCCAAUCUGUCAUCGUCCACUGAGACAAAUGAGAAUGAUGAGAACCAACAUCACAAGAAAGACAAACCCGGGGUAGUAAACAGAGUUGCAGAGCAGGAGACUUCGGCUGAUCUUCAGUCAAUGGUUCACAAGUUAAUGCAAGAAGUUCAAGUGCUGAAGGGUUCUCAGUUGAAGCAGAUUGUGAAAAUCAAUAUGCUAGAGAAAGACUUGGUUGAAUCAAAGCAAGAAAGCCAGCAGCUCAGAAGUUCUCUUUUGGAUUCUAGAGCACAGUCAAAUAUAUGCCCUGCUGAAGUAGACAGUCAGUCACUAAACAAAAUUCGAUCAACGUCUGGUGAUUCUGUAUACAUUGUUGGUGGAUUUGACGGUUCUUCAUGGUUGUCGACUCUAGAUUCAUAUUACCCAUCAGAUGAUCACAAACUUUCACAUAGCUCAAUGAAGUGUGUAAAGCAAUAUGCUUCGGCAGCAACCUUUAAUGGUGAACUUUACCAUUUUGGUGGUGUGGGAUAUCAUAGUGUUGAAUCAUUUAGCCCAACACGGAAUCAGUGGAUUACAAGACCACCAUUGUUUUGGAAAAAUAUACACGUUGCUGGUGCUUCAGUUAACGAAAAACUUUUCGUGGUUGGUGGUGAACAAGGAGGCCAGAGUUCUUCAGAAGUCGAAUUUCUUGACCUGAAUAUUGGGAAAUGGCUUCCCACUCGUUCAAUGCAAAGCAAGAGGUUAGCUCCAGCAGCAGCAGAACUGAACAACGCACUUUAUGUUACUGGUGGAUAUGAUGGAAUGUCUUACUUGAGUUCGGUUGAAAGAUUUGACCCUCGCGAAGAUAUAUGGUGCAAAUUUCCUGACAUGAAGACUAAGAAGAAAUGUCAUUCAAGCGUGGUACUAAAUGAGAAAUUAUACACUCUUGGUGGAUUCGAUGGAGAGAAGUAUGUUGCAACAGUGGAAACCUUCGACACUCGAAUGGGUUCAUGGGUGGAAGCCGAGUCCAUGAACGUCUCUAGAGGCAACUUUGGAGCCUUUGUGGUUGGAGAAAAACUGUAUGCAGUUGGUGGAGUGAAGGAAAAUGGAGAACUUUUGGAUAUUGUUGAAUGUUAUGAAGAGGGAAGUCGUUGGGAGGUUGCUCCUCUAAAAGCAAUUGGGAAAAGGAGCCAUUUCUCAGCAAUCGUGUUAUGAGUGUUUGUUUCCGUCUUUUCCUUUUCUGGGUUAUAAGGAUGGUAAUGAUAGGUGCCUGGUUAAUGGUUUGUUUAUUUUAAUGUCAUGUUCGUGAAGACUGGACAUUUGAAUCUGCAUUUUCUAUCACAACGAUUCGUUGUUGAAUAUGUCUGAGGUUACAUGUGUAGGAUUCCGUGAUCCACAAUUCCACAUCUAAUAAAACUAGUUUAACA